AGGCUACAGCAGUGUUACAGGUAUAACAAGAAUAGAUGGAUGAAAUGAUACAAUGCAGUGAUCUUGGGCAGUGGUUCCUACAUCUACAUGUGACCCCACGUUACAGGUUAUGGCGUCAUUAUGGAGACAUUUUCUUUUCAGGUUUGGUCAUCUGAAUGAUUGACAUGCCUGAAGAUGAGAAAGAAUUAAGAAGAAAAUGGAAAAAUUUUGUGUAACAAUUUUCUCUUCUUGUUUUAUUUUGUAUAAACUUGUGACCUCUCAUUUAUCAGGCUCAGAAUAACUUGGGGUAGAUGAAAGCAAUAAGGAAGAAUCACUCAUAACAGUGAUAUCAGAGUCUUGGCUGUCUGGUUAAAGCAGAUCUUGGCUCAGUGCUCAAAUCCAGCUGUUUUCACUAAAUGAUCUGCCUGUUUUCGUGUUACAAUUAGCCAAAUGAUGCCUUUAGUAUUAGUCAAAUUUAAAUGCCAGCACUGAAGCCUCCGCUCUAUGUCUAACGUGUUUGCUCAGCUGCUUCCCCUUUUGAAUUGAGGCCUGUCCAAAACACAGCAGAUAGCAACAGAUAGCCUGUGGCCUGCACAUAAUAAACAGAUAUAAAAGGAUAUGCAAAGCCGCAAAGAGAGAGACCAUUCAUGUCGUGCUCAAGUGUCCUAACAACUGGUUGGACUGGCUUGUCCCUCUUGUGUGAUGUCAUCCAAUGGAUGAGCGGCUGGCGGCUGCGAUGCGCAUGUAUACAGGUCCCUGCCUCAACGCAUCACAGCGAAUCUCACUUGACAGCUUGCCAGGUUAAAGGGGGAAAACACACCACUCAAGAGGGGAAACUAGACCUGCUGAAUUUCCACCAGCCAGCCGUCAUCCGCAUCCAUCCGAAGCAGAGGUUCUCCCGCAGCCUCUCUUAUCGCCGACUCAUGCAUCAUUUUGGGGGGAUUAAUUAGCCCGUGUGUCUGUUCUAACGCACAGAUGACAGCCUAACCGGGGCAGUAAGCUGCUGAGAUACCCAAACACAGCCGCUUUGUUGAAUCGGAUCUGUUGUGACUGGACAUGAAUUCGGCGGAACAGACGGUUACAUGGUUGAUUACGCUCGGGGUGCUGGAAUCGCCAAAGAAGACCAUCUUGGAUCCUGAAGCGUUUCUGCAGAGCUCCCUGAAAGAUGGGGUGGUCUUGUGUAGACUUCUGGAGCGGCUCAGUCCGGGGUCCACGGAUAAAAUUUACCAAGAACCGAAAAAUGACGGCGAGUGCCUGAGCAACAUAAAGGAGUUUCUCAAGGGCUGCACAUCGUUCCGCGUCGAGCCUUUUGAGGCCAGUGACCUGCUGCUGGGACUGAACUUCUCAAAGGUGCUGAGCAGCCUGGUUGCUCUGAAUAAAGUGACUGCAGAUAUCGGCGUAGGCAGUGAUUCGGUGUGUGCCCGACACUCUUUAGCACACCGCAUCAAGUCAUUUGAGUCACUAUCCUCUCAGGCUUCACUGGGACAAUCCUCCAAGCUGCUGCAGAACCAGUUUCGCAGUCUGGACAUGUCAGAAAACAGCGGACAGCAGCUGCUUGUGAAGGCACGUUUCAACUUUGAGCAGACCAACGAGGAUGAGCUCACCUUUAAUAAGGGUGACAUCAUCAGCGUAACUCGUCAGGAGGAAGGUGGCUGGUGGGAGGGGACACUCAAUGGCAAGACUGGGUGGUUUCCUAGCAACUAUGUCCGUGAGGUCAAAGGCUCUGACAAACAGGUGUCUCCAAAGUCUGGCACUCUUAAGAGCCCACCUAAAGGUUUUGACACGUCUGCAAUCAGCAAGACGUACUAUAACCUGGUGUUGCAGAACAUUUUAGAAACUGAGACAGAAUAUUCCAAGGACCUUCAGAGCCUCCUGACAAACUACCUGCGACCUUUUCAGAACACUGACAAACUGAACAGCUCGGAUGUGGCUCUGAUUCUGGGAAACCUUGAGGAAAUUUGCACCUUCCAGCAGAUGCUUGUCCAAUCCCUGGAAGAUUGCACCAAGCUUCCAGAAAUCCAGCAAAGGGUAGGUGGCUUCUACCUGAAUCUCAUGCCACAGAUAAUGGCUCUUAAUGUCGGCUACUGCUCCAACCACCCCUCUGCAGUAAAUAUACUCACCCAGCACAGUGAAGUAUUGGGGGAGUUUAUGGAGGGGAGGGGAGCAGUCAGUCCUGGGAUCCUCACCCUGACCACAGGCCUCAGUAAACCCUUUAUGAGGCUUGACAAAUACACCACCUUACUCAAAGAGCUGGAGAGGCACAUGGAGGAGGGUCAUCCUGACAGGCAAGACAUUCAGAAGUGCAUGGCAUCUUUCAAAAAUCUGUCUGUUCAGUGCCAGGAGGUGCGGAAGCGUAAGGAGCUGGAGCUGCAGAUUCUUACCGAGUCCAUUCGGCUGUGGGAGGGGGAUGACAUUAAGACCCUGGGCUCUGUGCUGUACAUGAGCCAGGUCUUAGUCCAGAGUCCUGGCUCAGAGGAGAAGAGUGAGCGUUACCUCAUGCUCUUCCCCCAUGUCCUCCUCAUGUUGUCUGCCAGCCCCAGGAUGAGUGGCUUCAUAUUCCAGGGAAAAUUGCCCCUGGCCAGUAUGACAGUGACCAAACUAGAAGACUGUGAAGCUCAUAAAAAUGCUUUUGAGCUCAACGGCACAAUGUUUGACCGUCUCCAGGUGAUGUGCACCAAUCAGCAGGACCUGCAGGACUGGGUUGAACACCUGACCAGACAGAUCAAACAUGCUACUGCCACGGCUCCCAGUCACAAACCACUCACCGUUCCCUGCCAUACGCUCCCAUCUCACCCCUUUACCCCAUCCCGGCAUGCCGAUGGGAGAGCCAUGACAGUGGCCCCCACCUACCACACUCUGCCUCACCCCUCCUCCCAUGGGAUGUCUCACAACACCAUGAUGUGGGGCCCACUGGAGCCACCCAACACCCCCAAACCCUGGAGCCUGAGCUGCCUGCGGCCUGCACCCCCAUUACGGCCCUCUGCUGCACUCUGCUACAAGGAGGAUCUUAGUAAAAGUCCUAAGAGUGUGAAGAAACUCCUUCCCAAACGCAAACCUGAGAGGAAACAGUCUGAGGAGGAAUUUGCCUUAAGGAAGAGUACAGCUGCUCUGGAAGAAGAUGCCCAGAUCCUGAAAGUUAUUGAGGCGUACUGCACCAGUGCCAAAACCAGGCAGACUCUGAACUCCACCUGGCAGGGCACUGACCUGAUGCACAACCAUGUGCUAGCUGACAUGGACCGGUCCUGUGUGGACUCGCCAGGCCGCCGUAGCAGCGUGUCACGGCCAGAAUUGACCUCUGACCUUUCGGAAGACUCUGACUAUGACUCCAUCUGGACCACCCACAGUUACAAGAUGGGUUCAGUGCCACGCAAGAGCUGCAUCUCUCACCAGAACUAAAGAACGUACAGUGCUGCCACACUGUACUGUAAUGUAACGUACAGCACGUUUACCUCUUCACCUUCAAUGUAUUAAAGGAAACUAGAUUUUUUUUUAAAUUUAUCUAUUUAUUUUCUAUUGUAUAUGUUCUUUAUGUUAACUUAUUUGGUUUAUUUAUUUUUUAUGGCAGCAUAUUGCUGCCACCAUGAGAAAGAAAUAUUUGCUCAGUAUCUCAUAAUGAGAAACUUUUUUCAUUAUAACAAGAUACUUUAACAAAAAAAUGUGAUAUUUUUCUCUUUAUUACAACAUUUCUUGUCAUAAUGAUAUAGUGUGGUAACUUCAAUCACAAGUUGAAAAUUUGUUUCAGAUUUAUGGCCCAAACCAUCUAAUGUGGUAACACUCACUCUGGAAUGGAUCACAUCAUUUCUACUCCCUAACAUGAGCCCUGCAGAGCUUGUAGUGAAUUCAUGCAGCACACAGACUGACUUUACUUGCUGUCACCUGUAACAUGAUCGGGACAUAUGCAGGAUAAUUUUUAAUUUAUCAUGGCUCAUGAGCUGCAGUCAAGUGCCAGGCUGUAUUGUGCACCCAUGUACAAUUAUUGUGUGUGGAUUUAAUUGUCAGAUCAGUAAUUCUCAAGGAAUGGUUGGAGCACACCUUGGUCACUGUGUGGAAAGUUGGUAUGUGAGAGUGUCGAAGAGACAUGCGCAGAAUGUGCCUAGGAGGUGCACUCCAGUCGGUGCUGUGUGUGUUCUCCCACAAGGGAUAUGCAAUUCUCAGCAGGCAGAACUUUGCAUAACACCAGUCCUUGAGAAUAACUGUAGUAAUGAUAUGAAUCACUCUAGUGUCUAUAUUGUCAUAUUAGAUGGUUCUUCGGGCUGUAAAUUUGAACCUAUAUUUCAAUUUAUGAUUGAAGUUACUAUGAUAUCUUCAUCUUCAUAACAAGAAAAUACAGUAUGUUGUUAUAACAUGAAAGAAAUGACAUUUUACAUGAAAGUAUGUUGAACUGUUGCAGGUGCCAAGCUUUAAAGUAAAUAAGUGAGUAUGAUGUGUGUGAGCGUUUUCAAAUAUUGCACCUUGGCUUUGGAAUACCUUCCUAUUGCAAGCUUAUCAGUGCUGAUUUGUUAUGGAUUUAUUGCUGUGCCAUGUAGUGCUUUUUGAGGUAUUUUAAAUUGUUAUAGUGUUUUACAUUAUGUUGUUUUUCCAGGAUUAUGGCGAUAUUUGCGGGAAUUUAUAUUGCUGUAUUGGGUAGUUUGAUGGCAUUUUAUAAUGUUAUACACCAUUGUGCUGUAUUAUUUAAAUUUAUGUUAUUAUUUUGUUUGUUUCUUUUCAUUUUAAUUCUGUCUUGUUAUGAUUGCCCUGUUUACUGAGCAAAUAUGUUUUUCUCAUGGUGGCAGCAACAUGCUGCCGUAAUUUCUUUUAAGAUGUUUAAAGCAUCUCCCUGUUGCCUUUGUGACUUUUUCCCUUUUAUGUGCCUCCUCUCUUUCUGUAGUUGUCAUGCACUACGUGUUUGGUAAUUUUUUUAUCUUGAAUGUGACCACUCCCAUUGUUUGACCAUAAGUAUGGCAGACUCUCUUAGCAGAGUAAAAGGAUGUUGGAGUGGAAUAUAGGGGAGGGAGACCCAGGGGAGGCAGAGGUGAGGACUGAGCUUUUCCUGUCUGAUAUUCAGAUGUAAUUCAGGAACGAGUAUAUUCUAUUUACCAUGUACUACUUCUCUCCAGUAUGUGUUUUUAGAGUAUGUAUGCUCAAACAUAGCACAGAUGCGACACAUACACGCACACAGGUUCAGGCACAUAUGCCCCUGCUGCCUGAUAAUAUAGCAGCAUGCAGAUGUAAUAUCAAAAUUCUUAACAUUUUAUAUCACUUCUGUUUUCAUAAUUUGAAGUUUUAUUCAUGUUGCCAGCCCUAAGCAGAAUAACGUAACCAGACAGCUACUGAAUAUUGACCAUCCUUGCUAACUGUUUGUGAAAUUCAGUCCAUUCUUUGUAGUAGUUGCUACAGAAAGAGGAGAACAUCACGUACAGUCCACUCUCUAGUCGAGCUUUUACCAACUAGAUAAAAGCAAGUGGACUAAGAAUGGUGAAGGGUGGGUCUGUUUUUCACAGUUACCUCUAGUAGUGUUUAGUCACACAGAUAAUUUUAGAUUUUAUUUGUCCAUGUUUUUAGAUGUCUGCAGUUGAGGUGAAUGGGAUUCCAAAACAAAAAAAAAAGAUAUUAAAAAAAAAAAAAAAAA